GGACGCGAACGGGUUUCGCAGCAACGACAGCAGGAGGCGGAAGCCCGCCGCAUGGUUGCCGAGGCUGACAGAAAGGUUCGGCAAAAGCGAGCAGGCUUGGCAGCGAAGGGAGAGGAGGGGGAGGGAGGGGAAGAGGGAGACGGCGAGGAGUGGCGGAGCAAGGAGGCGGGGGGGAAGGCGAAGCGCAGGCGCGAGCUGGAGGGGCGCGCGGAUAGGCGCACGCGGCGGAAGGGGGCGGCGGAGGGGGGAGACGAGCCGGCGGGGUCGUUGGUACCCGCAGAGGCAAGGGACGGUGCUCGGGAUGAGGGGACGGAGGGCGGUGCGGGAGCAGGGGAGGGGGAGGGAGGGGCGUUGGGGGAGGGCGCGGUGGAGGGGGGCGACUUGCUUCCCGCGGACGUGAUUGCUGUCGUCACACGGCGCCAGCACACCAGGUUCACAGAGGCGCAGGAGGAGAGGGAGCGGGUGGCAGUGAGGGAGAAGAAGCAGCGGGCGGGGCGGGGCGGCAGCCAGGGGAAGGACAGCCAAACAUCGGCUGUCAUCGGCACGCGGUCGGACGGGGCCAUAGUGAUCCAGGCGGGGGCGCCGGCCCCAGAGGGCGAGGAGGCAGCGCGAGCCAUCAUGCGCGCCACCCAGAGCUUUCGGCACGGGGUGCUGUUUGGGCGGCGGCAGAGGUCGGUGGCGGCGCUGGGGUUUGUGGACCCCAAGGCGCUCAAAGUGGCGGGGCAGUGGCGCGCGGACAAGCACCUUGUGGCGGGGGGCGCAGGCGUGCAGGGGGGUGUGGGGGCGCGGAGGGGGGGCGGCAAGAAGAAGGGGCGGGGCCGUGGUGGCGGGCAGGGUGGGCGACGAUGA